AUGUCCACAGCUAUCAAGAUCUAUGUACAUGAUGAGAGCACACAAACAACCAAAAUUUUGCAGUGGCAGACAUUAAGUAAUCAUCAACAACAAAUGCAAGCUCUAAAGGCUCGGAUUGAACAAGAAUUUGAAUUGAAAAAACAAGGCAAAGUUUUGGUUGACUUACGGAGUGAAAACAACAGGCCAAUUCAUUCUCUGAAGGACAAGAUGGAUAUAUUCAUCGUUGUUGCCACAUCAUCCGAGGCAGGUAACAGUGAUGAAAAAAAGAAUUCUAGGCUUGGAGAGGAGAAUCAACCUUGUAAAGCCUCCUCUCCACCUUCAUCAAUAGUCAUCACUCCAAACCAAAUGACAAAACCUCCACUAGUAUCGGAAGGAGGAUCAAGCCAAGCACAUGAUGCUUCAAAAAAAAGCAGCAUGGAGAGAGGAACAGCGUUGUUAUCCUCCACACCCUCACAAUAUGAAUUACAAGAACUUGCCAAAAACGCAGUUCAGUUCUAUCAAGCCAAAAAAUACAGACAAUCCGUAGAAGCCUACAAGAAAAUCAAACAGGCCAAUGUGGAUGUCAUGGGAUGUAACAAUAAUAUUGCCACUGUUUACUUGACUGCCAACAUGUAUGACAGAGCUUUAAAAUAUUUGAAAGAAAUUCUUAAAACAGAUUCCUUAGACUUUACUACCAAGUACACAAAAGCAGCCAGCGAAGAACAAAAAUUAGAACUUAAAAAGAUUUCAGCAAGCGCUCAAUUGGAUCUUGCAAAAUGCUUGUUAAAUUUACAAGAAAAAGAGCAAGCAUUUACAUUAAUUGCUACUGUGUUAAAGCAAGAUGAAAAUAAUAUUGAAGCACUUUUGGAAUAUGCAUCUUAUGUUUAUAGAGAGUCAAAAGAUCCAUCUGAUGCCCUUACUGCCUUGCUUCGAGUCCUUGUUGUAGAUAAAGAAAACAAGAUAGCCAAAGAAUUACUUUCAGAUAUUGUCGCUGAGAAAGGCGUGCAGAUAUUGAUUGACCACAUUUCUCAAGGAAACAAGUUGACACCUGCCAUGGCUCCUGGAGUUGCAUGGAUGGCUCUUAUUGUUAAGGAAUUUUCAUGUAUUACAGAGGCAGUAGAAUUGUACAAAUUAUCGUUAGAACUUGCUCCGGACAAUAUUUCAUAUUUAUUGAACUUGAUUCAUACCUUGGAAAUUGAUGUAAGAUAUGCAGACGCUUUACGUGAGGUGAAAUCAUUUUGUGAAAAAAAUCCAAAUUGUAAAAGUGGCGAUUUUACUUCGCACCAUUUAUUGGAGCUCUUGAACCAAAUUGAUCAACUCGAUAUACUGAAAGAUCCAUUUCAAAAUACGGAUCCAAUAGCUCAGAAAUAUUAUUGUGGAGAGUAUGCUCAACAAUAUGCAGACACAUGGGAAACUACAUUUAUUGAUGAUUAUGGAUCGGUUUUUUGGAAGAAAGAAGAAACAUUCAAUUUGAAAGAGUUGAAAGAUACAAUUACAAAACAUCGGUUGCAUGACAAUAUCACACAAGCAGAUUUAGAUUUUUUAGCUGUGGGCUUCACAGUUGUAAAGAUUUGCUAUAUUUGUGGCUUCUUAUCAUGCCUUCCUAACCUUAUUCAAGCUUUGGAGAGGGAACGUAUGAAGCGUGAAUUACACAAUACACAAAUUCGAAAUGAGCAUGCCUAUUUUUGCACCAUUACUCAAUUGCUGUCACAAUAUUUGUACAAGACUCUUCCUGUGAAGAGAGUGGACAAUGUUGAGGAAAAUCAUAUUUAUCUUGUGGGAGAGUCGCAUUCAUUGAGUUCUGCUUUUCAAGUCAUUAAUUUUAAAGGAACUAGGCAAUUGUUAUUGACCAAGUUAGUGACAGGAUGUAAAUGCUUCCAUUUGCGAGAAAACACAAAAUUUUAUCCCAAGAGAAAUUAUUUCAGUUGUCUGGCAUCUAUUCCUGAAGGCUCUCGAGUAAUUUUUAUGUUUGGAGAAAUUGAUUGUCGAGAAGGACUGUGGGUCUCUGUCGAUAGAUUUAAGUACAAAAAUAUUCAGGAAGGUAUUGCUGUCAUUAUUAGUUAUUACAUUAAGCAAUUACUGAAGGCUAAAGAAAAGUACGACCUGUAUGUGCAUCCAGCACCUCCCGUUCUGGAUAUGACUCGGGAGACUGUGAAAAUGUUUAAUGCUCAUCUCAAGUCUGAAUGUGCAAAACAUGGACUGAGAUACCUUGACUUUUUGGAUGACUUGCUCACUAACAAUGGAAAAGAUUUGAAAAAAGAAUUGUUCCUCGAUGGAAUCCAUUGCUCACCGAAUAUUACCAAGUAUUUGGAGAAGGCAUUGAACAAGUUUUAA